AUGACCAAGCGCGUCUGCCAGCGUGCCACGUCGCCAAGACUGCCAUGCGUCGUGCUGCAUGGCAUCCUCGCCAUGCUGAAGGAUGGGCGCGACGUGGCUGCCCUCCUUGCAGCGCUGCCAGCCGAGAUGCUCUCGCCCGAGCUCGUUGCGCUCCGCGACCUCAGCGCCGUCGUCGACCUCGCCGACCACUGGCCGGUCGUGCAUGUCACCACGAUACCGAUCGAGCACACACGCCUUGGUAUUGCCGCGCUACCUGCAUUCGCCGGUAUCUACGUGGAUCCUGGCAUCGCCGCCGUCGCGUGGCUGGACGCGACCUUGCCGCCGAGGAUGCCACUGACGCUGGCCGUGGAUCCUUCUGUGCUCGGCACGCAAAGCGCCUUUGCCUAUGCGUGGGGCGACCGUGUCACGACCGUCAUUGUCCACGGUCAUGACAUACAGCCCGACGCGAUUCCGGACCUCCUUGGACGCUGCGUCAACGUCUAG